AUUUUUUUCUUUUUGCUUUUACUUUUCUUUCCCUUCAUUACAAAUGCCAACACGACAGGAAAUAUUGUCUUUGUACAGAUCUUAUCUUCGCAUUGUUAGAGAAUGGCCAGAGGAUAAAGUUAGACCUAAUAGAGGAAUGAAGCAAGUAUUAGCCAAGAAGGUAGAAGAACAAUUUCGAUCAUCAUCGAAUAUCGAUUAUGACAAAUCAGUACAAGAAAUGAAAGCACUUGAUUAUUUGCUGGACAAUAGAUUUAAAGAAAAGUAUCCAAUAUCUGACAAGAUAUUAAUGCCGGCUGGUAACCCAAAUUACUACAAAAAAUUGCUGUCCUCUUUGGAAGCCAACCGUGAAGACAACAAAAGCUUAUGGCAAAGGCUUUUUCAAAAAUAACAAAUACGUGACUGCAUACUCUACAUUACGGUUUUUA